AUGAAUGAUACUGCAUUUAGAGUAACCUUGGUGUUUACAGCAUAUCAAUCAAUUGGUUCAGCUAAAACUGGACUUGCAGUUUUCAUUCUUUUAGUAUAUACCACAACAUUUUUAGCAAACAUUGUUUUGAUGUUCAUUAUUUGCUUAGAAUCAAGUCUUCAUAAGCCAAUGUAUAUAUAUUUAUUCAAUUUGGUAUGCAUUGGGCUGACUGGAAGCACUUCAGUUUGGCCACAGGUCAUAAUGAACCUUGUUAAUGACCAUCAGACAAGCUCUUAUAAUGGUUGUCUUCUUCAAGUGUUUUUAAUCUAUGUCUAUGGUACUGGCACCUUUGUGGUUCUAACAGUCAUGGCCUAUGAUAGGUAUGUUUCUAUCUGUAAACCACUGCAGUAUCACUUAAUCAUGACACAAUGCAGAGUUAAACAACUAUUAGCAGUAAGCAAUCUUGUCCCAAUUAUCCUUGUUGCAGUUCAAGUAUUUAUGACCUCAAGAAUCCCUGUAUGCAAAUACACUCUUCAUAGACUGUGUUGUGAUAAUCUCUCGGUCUACAGCCUGUCAUGUGCAAAAAGUAGUGCAAGCUCUCUGAACAAUCUGUAUGGCAUUUUUGUUGUUGGAUUUGUGGUUGUGUUGCCUCUAUGUCUUAUUUUGUUUUCCUAUGCUAAAAUUAUCACUGUAAGCUUCCAUGUAUCUAAAGAUGCGCAGAAGAAAGCAUUUAGUACAUGCACUCCCCAUUUGAUUGUAUUCAUAAACUUUUCCCUUGCAAGUCUUUUCGCAGUCAUAUAUAAUCGAAUCAGUUCUUUUUUAUCAAGUGAGGUAAAUAUAUUUGUGACAUUACAGAUAAUGUUAGUACCCCCUCUCCUGCAUCCAGUAAUUUAUGGAAUCAGAACAAAAGAAAUCAGAAAGGGGAACAUCAAAUCUGAAAUAACCCUUGCUUAA